UUGUUUCUUUUCGAGGCGUUGUUUGUUUUUGUUUGGUGGUUGAAGAUCAAGGAGAACAUGGCUGUACAAGCGCAGUUGUAUGCUGAUAAUAUCGGGUUUCCAUUCUGUGGUUCUUUGGAUUUGAUCGAAAAUGGUUGCGGUAUCGGUGCUGGUGCCGGUUUCAAUCAAUACGGUUUAAGUGUUCAUCAGUUAUCACACCUGCAACAACUGCAACAUCAGCAGCAGCAAUUUCAGUAUCUACAAAACCAGAAGCAAAGGAACCAGAAUCUUGAAUCCAUGAUGUUUAGCCAAAACAUGGUUUCUCAAGUCGAGAAGCAAAGGCACGAGAUUGACCAGUUCAUCAAAUCACAGAAUGAGAGGCUGAGAUUGUUGCUGCAAGAGCAGAGGAAGCAACAAUUGGCAGUACUGGCGAAGAAGAUCGAAACCAGGGCGUGUGUUUUACUCAACCAGAAAGACGAAGAGAUUGUAAAGGCGACGAACAAAGCAAUGGAGCUGCAAAAUCUGUUGGGAAGACUCGAGAUGGAGAGCCAAGCGUGGCAGAGAGUGGCGCAAGAGAAUGAAGCGAUGGUUCUCUCUUUGAACAACCGGCUCGAACAGCUACGGGAGCAAGCCUCUUGUCGGUUCAACAACAGCGUUGACGAUGCCGAGUCUUGCUGCGAAUGCGAACCUGAGGAAAACAACAACACUGUUUUCCAGGCCUAUCGAAGGAAAGAACACGACGAAGAAGAAAGAACAAUGGUUUGCAAAUGCUGCUAUCGUCGAGAUUCGUUCGUGUUGUUUCUCCCGUGCAGGCACCUCUGUUCGUGCAAGGAUUGCGCGGUUUUUCUUGAUUCUUGCCCCGUUUGUAAAACAGCUAAGAAAGGUAGCAUAGAGGCAUUGGUUUCCUAGGCAGGACCAGAAAAAAAAUUCAUGGAAAAAAAAAGCUAGGAAAGGGAAAGAUCUGAUCUUGAUGAUGAUGAUGAUGAUGGAUGAAAACAAGUAAGCCAUGUGGAUGUUCAUUAGGUUUUUUGUUUGGUUGCCUUUUUAGGUUGUACUGGCAUAUUAGACAUUGUAAUUAAACAAGCAAAAAUAGAAAAAUGAAUUGAACAGACAUUUACAGGGA